GCGGAGGGCUCAAAAAAGGAGGGAAACCAAAACUUCUUUAGGGCUAAAACCCUAAAAACAGAUUGUGUUCUCCCUCGCUUUUCCCUUUCUUCCUGAAAUUAUUUUUUGGCACAGGCUUACAUGGCCAACCUUCUUCGAAACGCUUCUUCUCUGAGACGUGCCCUACUUGCUCCCACGGUUUUCAAGGGAGGAAUAUUGGGAACGUCUUCUUGGAGUUGCAAUUUUUCUUCUAAAGGUAGAAAAAGAUCCAAGUCUGAUGGAAGUGACUCUAGUGAAGCUAACUUGUCUAAAAAAGAGGUGGCUCUGCAACAAGCCCUGGAUCAGAUUACUUGCACAUAUGGAAAGGGAUCUAUCAUGUGGUUUGGCCGGUCAAUUAUUCCAAAAGACGUUCCAGUGGUGUCCACAGGAAGUUUUGCACUUGACAUAGCACUUGGAACUGGUGGGCUUCCAAAGGGGCGUAUUGUGGAGAUUUAUGGUCCUGAGGCUUCUGGGAAAACUACUCUUGCUCUACAUGUAAUUGCUGAAGCACAGAAGCAAGGAGCUUACUGUGUUUUUGUUGAUGCUGAGCACGCUCUUGAUUCCUCAUUGGCUAAGGCCAUUGGAGUAAACACUGAAAACUUGCUUCUGUCACAACCUGAUUGUGGUGAACAAGCUCUCAGCCUGGUGGAUACACUUAUAAGGAGUGGUUCUGUGGAUGUUGUGGUUGUUGACAGUGUAAGUAAUGUAGCUGCCCUUGUGCCUAAAAGUGAGCUUGAUGGUGAGAUGGGCGAUGCUCAUAUGGCAAUGCAAGCUAGAUUGAUGAGCCAGGCGCUACGCAAGUUGACCCAUUCUUUAUCGCUGUCACAGACGAUUUUGAUCUUCAUAAAUCAAGUGAGGUCAAAGCUUAGUACCUUUGGAUUUGGUGGGCCAACUGAAGUAACUUGUGGUGGUAAUGCUUUGAAGUUCUAUGCUUCAUUGCGCUUAAACGUAAAAAGAGUGGGGUUUAUAAAGAAGGGGGAAGAGACCAUAGGAAGUCAAGUUCAAGUGAAGAUCGUAAAGAAUAAACUUUCUCCCCCAUUUAAAACUGUCCAAUUUGAGCUUGAGUUUGGGAAGGGAAUAUGCCGGGAAUCAGAGCUCAUAGAUUUGGGGUUAAAACACAAAUUCCUUGUCAGGGCUGGUUCAUUUUACAAUUACAAUGGUCAGAGUUUCCGUGGGAAGGAAGCCCUUAGGCAGUUUUUAGCUGAAAAUGAUGUUGCACGGGAAAAACUUACUAUGAAGCUCAGGCAGGAGCUACUUGAUUUUGGCUCAGGUAAGGAACAGGGAACAGAAGCUACUGGUGGAGAACCUGUAGAAGGAAUUAUUUCAGCUGACGCUACUGAUGAAGAAGCAGUUAUUGCAGUAGAGGCGUAAUAUGCAAAUACAUCAAAUUGUAGAUUGAGGCUAUCCCGCUAGAUUCCAUGGUAUGAUUCAGUUUUCCAAGGGAUCCUGUCAUCCUGCAGUCCCAUUUCCUGCUUAUUAAAAAUGGAAGGCCAGUUGUUUCUGAUCACAAGCAAUCAUUGUGUAUAUUUACACAAGGUUAGCAAGUUAAAUGUUUAAGUUGGCCUUGGCCAUGCAAGUUUUUGGGUCGGGCGGGUUAACUUUUGUGGCGUCCAAAAGGAGCGGCUCCAAUCAGGCUUGGUGCAAAAUUCUUUGCAUGUCCGGCCCAUCGUGUAUGUUAACUAAGAACAACCUAAUAUUUAGAAAUGAAAAUCCACAAAAUUUAUUUUA